GUGUGUGUGUGGGAUUCGUGAUGAGUUUAGUGACAAAUGUGCCUUUAGACGAAAUUUGUUGCAUUGUUACUGAAAGUUGCAGAUUAUUACGAAAAUAUAAAGUAAUUUGUGGAAAAUAAGUAGAUAAAUAGUAGUUAAGGGACUAAAAGAGGUUAGAAACUGUCUGCAACGUUGAGGAAUAUACAGUGAUGUUUUCUAGUGGUGGAUAACUAAUAAAAUGGUGCAGUAAACAUUGUAUUGUUGUUCAACAACAUUUCUUGAUAAUGCAUUUUACAAAUGCAGGAGGAAAAAAGGUUCUUGAGGCCAUGGAUGCUUUGUAGACUCUUUAUUAAUAGGAUCUUCUGAGACAAGUGAAUUGGCAAUUUUUGACAGUCGUUGGUUGUGUGAAUCCGUAGAGUGAUUACAAUUGUUACGAGGAAUAUGCAGAGUGUUAUCAAUUCAGUGAAAGGCACUGCUCUAGGAGUUGCCGAGUACCUAACCCCUGUCCUCAAGGAAAGUAAAUUCAGGGAGACUGGAGUGCUGACCCCCGAGGAGUUCGUCGCUGCUGGUGAUCACCUGGUGCAUCACUGUCCGACCUGGCAGUGGGCCACAGGGGAUGAGGACAGGACCAAGUCGUAUUUACCUAAGAAGAAGCAGUUCUUGUUGACGAGGAAUGUUCCCUGCAGUCGCAGGUGCAAGCAGAUUGAAUACUGUGAUGAGCAGGAACGUAUAAUCGAAGCAGAUGACCCUGAGGGUGGGUGGGUUGAUACCCAUCACUACGACGCUAGUAUUGGGGGUAUUGAUGAGAAAGUAUCAGAAAUGACAUUGGACGAUACUCAGUCGCCAACAGCGGGAACUCCUGGAGAGGAUAAUGCCGACGACGAUGAUGAGGAUGAUGAGGAAGCUGCUGAUAUGGAGGCUUUCGAAGUCAGUGGAAUGCUCGAGGAGCAGGACAAGUAUGCAGCAGAAAGCACUAAGAAACCAGUGAAAGAGAAACGAGACAAUUUUCCAGAGGGCGAAAUAAUUCACACGAGAACGUACGAUUUACACAUAACUUAUGAUAAAUAUUAUCAGACCCCGAGACUGUGGUUGUUCGGUUACGAUGAGAACCAGAAGCCCCUAACGGUGGAGGAGAUGUAUGAAGAUGUCAGUCAGGAUCACGCGAAAAAGACAGUGACUAUGGAAACUCAUCCCCAUUUGCCGGGACCGCCGAUGGCGUCUGUUCAUCCCUGCAGACAUGCAGAAGUGAUGAAGAAAAUAAUAGAAACAGUGAUGGAAGGUGGUGGUGAGUUGGGUGUGCACAUGUACCUUAUAAUUUUCCUUAAAUUUGUGCAAUCGGUUAUCCCAACGAUCGAGUAUGAUUACACUCAAAAUUUCAUGCUCUCGACGUGGGGCUAAUUAUGGAUCCAUUUUCAUGGGAAUCCUUGACAGGGGGAGUAGCUGCUCUGAUUGGCGAGAUAUAUUCAAUCAAUAUUGACAGGACACGUCGUGAUUUGGGAGAAAAUACAUUUUUACGGAUUUGUACCACUCAGCAUUUUGUUCAGCAUGAAUUAUCGAGUGUUAAUUACGUUCUAGCGGAAUUGUCGUUUCGGUGGAAAUGUGGUAAAAUCGGUAUCAGGGAAAUCACUUUGAUUGAGCGAUUAUAUCGUAGUCAAGAGAUUUUAGGAGGGGAUGGUAAUGCUUUCGGUUGGAAAAAUUCUCGGUGGAAACCGCCUCUUAAUUUUUUUUGUUAAAUCGUCGCUUUUAAUUAUUUAAUUAUUUAAUUAAUAUUCAACCGUUGUUGAUUGAGAGUUAAGUAUUUCAAUGCGAAUUUUAUAAACCUAGGGUUCAAGGGUUAGUUUUCAUUAUUUUAUAAAUUAAUUAAUUUUCUUCUCUUCUGGAACAUUUUACCACUUUGCCACUGGUGUCAUCGUCACACAUUGCUUCGUUCAGAAUAAUAACGCUCACUAUUAACUAAGCUUGGAAAAGUUCGAUUUAACUUCUCGUUUGUAUUCACUGGUAUUAUUCUUCGUCUGCUUUGUAAUCAUGAAUAAUGAAUUGGAUGCCUCGAGCCACAUUGUUGAUAUAUAUUUUUUUUUAUGAAAUAGAAUGAUCACAUGAAAUCGAAUAAAGCUCUAUGGAUCAGAGGA